AGUCUGCGGAAAUUCCCGUCUACUUCUUCUCUGCGCUGUUGGUGAUUGGAGCCGGUUCACAACCCCACCCGUCUUUUUUUUUUAUAUUUUUCCGGCUCGUCCUUUUUGGUCUUCAGUCGUCGACCAUCCUUUGAAAUCGUCUAACAUUUUGUUAUUUAUUUGUUGUGUGUUGGUUUAUCUAAUUCUUCCAUCUAAAGUACCUAAUAAGUGACAAAAUAAUAUUCAGUUGUUCAAGAAAAACAAAAUUCUUUGACUCUAAGCAUUAAAUUUGAAACUCUUGACGCAGAUAUUUUUUGUGGUUACUAUAAAUAAUACAUGAAAGAAUUUUAUAUAAAUAGCAAUAUUUCUUUGUAACAAAUUCACUCUACAACAUGUAUCAAGUUCCUCCAAGGUUGUCCAUUACCCGCACUUUGCUCUUUAUGGUGGUCACUCUGGCCCUAUGUUACUUUAUUCUUUUUACGUGGAAGCGCCGUCGCCUUUAUUAUUGCUCCCUGAAGCUCCCUGGACCCUUCGGACUCCCUUUGCUAGGGUCCGCACACAUGAUGAGAGGAGGACCAGCCGACGGAUACAACGUGUUAGUACGUGUCGCACAAUACGCCCCUGUCACUAGAGCAUGGUUCGGCCCGUUUUUAUUCGUGGUCAUCACCAGACCAGAAGAUAUGGACAUUUUAUUGAGCCGCUAUUUAGACAAAAGCAUGUUUUAUGGCAAAUAUUUAACCGACACCAUAAGAACAGCGUUGCCGUCGUCUCCAGUCAGUAUCUGGAAAGAGCGCCGACGGGCAAUCAACCACACCUUCAACAGUGCCACGAUCACCAGCUUCGUCCCCAUUUUUGUGAAACACGCAACUCGUCUGGCAGACACGACCUUGACGAACAUGUGCGGCGAAAAAAACAUCCCUCAGGAUCUUUUCCCCAAAAUCUGGAAGCACGCCCUCCAGGCGUCCUGCGAAGCACUAGGAGACGUGUGUCCAGAUUUGUUAGAAACGACAGACAAAUACAUAGCAGCAGCCUUCAGGUUUGAAGAAAUCCUGCGCCGACGUUUCUUCAGACCCCACUUGAACCUCGACUUCUUCUGGAAAGAGUCGUCUUUGAGGAAGGAACAGCUCGAAACGGGACAAAUUUUUGAAGACUUUGUUCAACAAGUUAUUGAUACCAAAAAGACGAGGUUUAGAAAUGACGACACGUUUUUAAAAGACAGGAGAUUCUUAAAUUAUUUGCUCGAUUUAAACAGCGAUGGUAAAAUAAAGCGGGAGGGGGUUUUAGAUGAGAGCGCUUUCAUGUUUCACGCCGCUAGUGAAACGUCUUCAGUUACCAUAAGCACGGUUUUGGUUAUGUUAGGGUUGCACCCCCACAUCCAGGAAAAAGUGUACCAUGAAGUGUCAAAAUUCACCACUGUUACUAUAGACGAGAUCAACCAAAUGGACUACUUGGAACGGGUUAUCAAAGAGACGCUUCGCAUUUUUCCUUCAGUGCCUUUCCUAUUAAGAAAAGUGGACAAAGAAAUUAAACUAGACUCGUACUUCAUUCCCGCUGGUUGUGAAAUUUUGAUCCCCUUGCCACACCUUCACAGAAGACCUGAUUUGUGGCCGGACCCUCUAAAGUUCGACCCUGACAGAUUCCUCCCUCAAGAAAUCGAAAAACGCCAUCGCUGCGCCUUCAUCCCUUUUAGUGUCGGGCCCAGAAAUUGCCCUGGUUCAAAAUACGCCAUGUUGUCUUUGAAAAUUUUCUUAGCCACCGCUUUGAGGCGCUUUCGGGUUGUGAAGUGUGUGGAUUACAAGACUGUGGAAGACCUGGAUCUCGAGUUUUACAUAAUCGGGAAAGCCAAGAAAGGAUAUCGGGUUGUUUUAGAGGAAAGACAAUAGUUGGUUGCAUAAAUAAAUAAAAGUGGCUGUUAUUUAA